UCGAGCCGGCUUUGCUUUAGUGCUUGUGUGGCGAUCAUCGCGCGCGCACGCAAUUCGCACCCCUUCUCUCCUUCCUUGGCGACGUCGCUCGCCCGCGCGCCCGUCCGUCUGUCUUGUCAUUCAUCCCCCGACGUCUGCUGCAACAUGAUCGGCCCGCUGCUGAUGCUGCUCGUCCUCGGACAACAGGUCUAUGCGCACCUUGGAGACAUGCCCAAGUUCGCCGAGGCGAUCCCGAACGUGACGGUGACCGUGGGUCGCGAAGCCACCCUCACUUGCGUAGUCGACGAUCUCGGCAGCUACAAGGUUGCGUGGCUUCGGGUGGACACGCAGACGAUUUUGACCAUCCACACGCAUGUGAUCACCAAGAACCACCGGAUUGGCGUGACGCAGAGCGACCACCGCUCUUGGUACCUGACCAUCCGUGAGGUGCGCGAGUCGGACAGAGGAUGGUACAUGUGCCAGAUCAACACUGACCCCAUGAAGAGCCACGUUGGAUACCUAGAAGUUGUCGUUCCCCCGGACAUUCUGGACUACCCGACCAGCUCGGACAUGGUGGUGCGCGAGGGCUCCAACGUGACCCUGAAGUGUGCCGCCUCAGGUUCUCCGCAACCCAUCAUCCAAUGGAGGCGCGAGGACGGCGGCAUGAUUCCCGUCAGUGGAGUUCCGAGCAUUGAAGGGUCCUUGUUCAACAUUACCAGAGUGAAUCGACUGCACAUGGGCGCCUAUUUGUGCAUCGCUUCAAACGGCGUGCCACCCACUGUCAGCAAAAGGAUCAUGCUCAUCGUCCACUUUCCUCCGAUGAUCUCAGUGCCGAACCAGUUGGUGGGCGCGUACGAGGGCCAGACGCUUACCCUGGAGUGCCAGUCGGAGGCCUAUCCCAAGUCUAUCAACUACUGGACCAGGGAAAGUGGAGAGAUCAUUGCACAAGGUAUUAACAGAGAGAAGUACGAGCCGACGCUGGUGGACAAUGCGUACAAAGUGCACAUGAAGCUGACGAUCAAGAGCGUUGGUCCAGAGGACUUUGGCUCGUUCAAGUGUGUGUCCAAGAACUCUCUGGGCGACACAGAUGGAAAAAUCAAGAUCUACCCAAUUCCUCACCCCUCUACGACCAACAGGUCUCCCGUCACAACCAUGGAGCCAGUACCCGAAAAAGAAACACGCAAGACGAAAGGCUCGCACAAGAACAAGGAGCGAGUGCCGACGCGCGAGAACAACGAAAUCAUGGAUGAUUCGCAGCCGAAUCUGACUCGCGAUAGAGAUAACAUGAAGCUGCGGCGUCAGAAGGAGCGGAACUCGAUCCUGCCGACCGACGCCGAGAACUACUCGUCGUCAGAGAGGAGUAGCGCCGCGUCGACGACGCUGAUGCUGGCGCUGUGCGGCGCCGUGCUCGCUUUCGGACACUAACUGCAGAGUGCUUUUGUACAAUUAUUAAGACCUCCGAGAACUAUGAGAACCAACUUGGACACACGCAGCAGAAUUUUGGAACAAAAAAAAAUCGUGAAGUGCAUUACCGAAUUAAAGAUAAAAAUGAUAUUGUAUGCCAAACUCUCUAGAAGUGUACUUUAAAAAUAACAAAAAAAUACAGCAAAGCAGCAGCAGCGUUCUCUGUAAAUAUAUUAUAGCACAGCAGAAGCAGAAGAAAAGAGGGUAUAUAAAACGUAAUUGUUGCGAAAAUAUGUUUUACUGGCUAUAAAGAUAAGGGUUGUAAAUAAAUAAAAAGCAUCUCGUAAGCUUAAGUAGAAAGAACUUGACCUGUAAAACACAUAAAAUAUAAAAGUGCAUGUGUGUGCGGUGAAUGAAAGAUUGACAGUGAGAGACAGUUAAACGUUGAAGCGACAUCCUUUACUCGAUAUAAAAUGCUUUCUUUUUCGUAAAAGCAGCUUUUGCAUCAAAGCACGCGCGAUUUAGAGUAUUAAUCACUCAUCUUUUGAUACAGAACGUGCUUAAAUCUUGUUUUUCCUUCUGAAAAGCAAAAUUAAUUCAUGAAAAUAAUGCAUUCAAAUAUACGAUGUACUGUUUCGCUCGUAAAAUAUUGUCUUGUAAGCUCUGUUGUUUACCAGCCGAAUGUGAUUUACUUGUGUUUCAAUUGUACUGCAAAGAGCUUCAUCAACAAGCAGCGAGGCGGACUGCAUAUUUUGCAUGUGCGUCUUUCUGCACAAGCGAGGACACACGACAUUUUCAGCAAUUACACUUCUACGCGUAAUUUAACUCUCGGAUACAUCCCAGAAAUUACUAAGUAAGAAUUAUGUAUGAAAUAUACCCAUACCUAGCAAAGACUGAUGACGCAUAAUAAAGAUGAAUACUUGAAAAA